AUGUGCGCUAAACACCAUCAUAUUUCUGAUAGACAAAUAUUAGCAAAUUAUACAUAUGAACAACCACAGAUUAUCACUGAACCAAAAUCAGAUUGGCAUUAUCGAAGUUUGAAAGAUUUAUUAAAAAAUCACAUCCCUCUUCUAUCUGGUGAAGGUCCUCAACGAACACCAAUCCGAGUACAAAUUCCUGAAAAAUCUAUGCGACCAAUGUAUCUCGCUAUUGCAGUCGUAACUCAAGAUCACAAAUUUCAUGAUUCUAAAGUAAUUGUACCACCAAAAACACACUCAACAUCGAAUGAUUUUGAUCGAUUGCCGAAUAAUGAUAUAAUCAAAAAAAUAGAAAAUGAAUUUUAUUCAAUUUUGGAAAUUCUUCGAAUAGCUACAGAUCCUAUUCAAGUUGAAGAAGUUGACGAUGUUCCAUCGAUGGAAACUGACGAAAAGCAAUGCUUUGCAGCAUCGAGUGAUACAUGUAAUACUCAACAUCGGAAAAGAAUUCGUACCUCUCCAUCUUUAUUAAGUCAAACCAAGUCAUCAAGUGAAUUAGAAUUUUUAACAACAACAGCGAGCACUCAAAACGUUAACAACGAAUUACCACAAUAUGGUGCUCCAAAAGUUUUAACUGAACCAAAUCGUUAUCAACGUGUUCGCAUGCUUAGUGAUCUUGAAGAUGGUCGUUGUCCUAUAAUACAAGCAGGUGGUGAAGACGCUGCACAACGAACUCAUGUUGAGAUUCAGGUACCAAAAGAUGAUAACACUGAACUUUUUGUUCGUGUUAGAGCUGUUACGGUGAAUAAUGAUAAGCAUCACUUCAAAGCAGUCAUACGAAAAAAUCCAUCGAUUGAUGCAUCAUCAAUUCAUCAUGAUGGCGAGCGAAGGUGUUUAAAAUUUAAUAAGAAUGAUUUCGAUCGAGAAGCUGACUGUACAUAUCUUCCUAUUAGUCUUAAAGAACGUAAAAAUGGCAAAAAAGAAAUAUUAGCCUAUCUGAUAACUAAGAAACGACAAGGAUCUCAGGAUCAAAAGUUGUUUAAAAAUGGAAUUUUUCAUUUAUGUAAACUUGAAUUUGGUUUAUGUGUUGAAUGUGGUCACGAUGAAUACAAGCUUGUCUCCACAGUUUCCUAUUCAUCAAUUAUUGAAGAUAGUAAUAUUUAUAUUUAUCUAACAUAUUGUAAUGAAUUUUAUAUUAAUUAA